AUGGAGGUAAGUGUGUGCUUCUUGGAGGAUAUGGUGAUGCGCAUGGCGAAAUGUGAGUGCAUGGGUUAGGAUGUAUGGAUUGAGUGUAUGUAUGGGGAUGUGGGUUAACUAGGUGGUGAUUGUAUCUAAAUGGGAAGUAGGGAUAUCAGCGGUGGGUUCACGUGAUGUUCGUAGUGGUCGCUCAUUUGUUUGCAGAUGAGACUACGCCUAGCGUCCAUUUGCUGGCAUCCGUCUCUCAACUGUGGCUUCACGUAACUGGCCUCUGCUCAGCGGCCACACUCCGGGCAACCGCCUCGACUGACGGGCUAAACCAGAUGAGGGUGGUUACUCCCGGUGCGCAUUGUGCCACGUGUACAGGGUACUGCGGACUCCGCUGGACGGUUGGCCGGAUGGAACACCGUGUCAGCACCGUCGUGAAGAGGCUCCGCCUGGUACGCCGUUGGUCAGCCGGUGGGAUGGAUCUUCGAAUCGGCAUCGCCGACACGCGCCCAUCUGGUGCACCACAGGAGACCGCGGGCUUACGAUGAUGUCGUAUGCCAUUGGCAAAUUCGAGUCGUUCUUCCACUGCCAAGAAAAUCUCGUGGCCCAGUGUGGAGUUCGGCUGCGCCGGCGCAUCAAGCAGCACUGCUUCUUUUCGGAGGGAACCUAAAAAACUGGCCUAAAAAUUGCUGGGGAACCACGUCGUCUGCAGGCUGACCGUGAUCGCAGACGUAAAACUCACGGUCGAAACAACCAAAAUCGAAACAAUAACAACAACACUACUCGCUCUGCUCAUCCUACUUCUACUUCCACUUCCUUUGCCUAUACUUCUGCUUAUUAUUCUCCUUCGCCAUCUUCUUCUCCACUUCCUUCCCGCCGCGCCAUUCGUCGCCAGACUGGCAGGGUGAGUCCGCUUACUCUGGCAGCCUGGAAUGUUCGUUCCCUUUUAGACAAUCCGAGGUCCAACCGACCGGAACGGAGGACGGCGCUAGUGGCACGAGAACUCGCCCGUUACAAUGCGGACAUCGCCGCACUCAGCGAGACCCGUUUCUCCGAACGAGGCCAACUGGAAGAGGUGGGUGCCGGUUACACCUUAUACUGGAGUGGGCGGCCAGGGCCAGUGCGACGAGACGCGGGUGUCGCCUUCGCUUUCCGGAACGACAUUGUGGGACGACUGCCCUGUUUGCCGCAGGGCAUCAAGUAUCGCCUGAGGAGCCUCCGUCUGCCUCUCCGGGGUGGAGGCAAAUUCGCCACUAUCAUCAGCGCCUACGCUCCGCCGAUGACCAGCCCCGACGCCGCCGCAAGAGAAAAAUUCUACGAGGACCUGCACGCCUCUUGGCGACUGUGCCGAAGGCGGACAAGUUGAUUGUUCUUGGUGACUUCAACGCCCGCGUCGGCACAGACCAUACUGCCUGGAGAAGAGUGCUGGGUCCCCACGGUCUUCGCGGCUCAAACGACAAUGGUCUGCUGCUGCUCCGCACCUGCGCAGAACACCGCUUCAUCCUGACGAACACGUUCUUUUGUCUGCCGGAGCGAGAGAAGGCCACCUGGAGGCAUCCUCGGUCGUGUCACUGGCACCUGCUGGACAAUGUCCUCGUCCGCAGGCGAGAUCAGCGGGACGUGCUGGUGACGAAGGCAAUCGCGGGUGCUGACAGGUGGACCGACCAUCGUCUCGUCAUCUCGAAGAUGCGUAUUCGUCUACAGCCUCGCAGGAGACCACAAGGUAAGCGCUCCCCAGGUAAGCUGAAUGUUGCCUUGUUGUCUUUGCCCGCUCACCGUCUUCAUUUCAGCAAUGAGUUAGCUCAACGGCUAGACAACCUUCCUAUCGCUGCCGCCGCCGCCGCCGCCGCUGCCGAGAACGCGUCCGUGGAGAACCGCUGGUGUCAACUGCGAGACACAGUCCGGUCGACGGCGCUCGCCGUCCUCGGUCGCGCUCUUUGCCAACACCAGGACUGGUUCGACGACAACGACGCUGCCAUCAGAAAUCUGCUUGCUGAGAAGAACCGCCUACACAAAGCCUACGUAGAUCACCCCACAGAGGAUAACAAAGCUGCCUUCUACUGCGGUUGCCGCCAGCUUCAGCAACGACUGCGCGAGAUGCAGGACGCCUGGACUGCUCGCAAAGUUGAGGAGAUCCAAGGCUGCGCGGACCGCAACGAAUGGAAAAACUUCUUCUCUGCGAUCAAAGCUGUCUACUGUCUGCCGACGAAGGGCACUGCUCCUCUCCUCAGCGCCGACGACAGCAAUCUCCUGACUGAGAAGACGCAAAUCCUACAGCGAUGGGCCGAGCAUUUCCAGGGCGUCCUCAACCGCCCCUCCGUCAUCUCCGACGCCGCCGUCGAGCGUUUGCCGCAAGUGGAGACCAACGUGGACCUCGACCUCCCGCCAUCUCUCCAGGAGACCACCAGGGCCGUGCAGCAGCUCUCCAGCGGGAAAACACUCGGAUCGGAAGCAAUCCCUGCUGAGGUCUACAAGCACAGAGGUCUUCAACUGAUGGACAGCUUGACUGCGCUCUUCCAGGAGAUGUGGCGUCAAGAUGAAGUCCCGCAAGAUUUCAAAGACGCAACAAUCGUGCAUCUUUACAAGCGAAAAGGGAACCGCCAAGUCUGCCACAAUCAGCGCGGCAUCUCCUUGCUGAACAUCGUCGGAUGA